AAAUGUAAUAACCCUCUAUGACAAGACUGUUAGUGUAAUAUUUAAACUUUCAGCAACGCGACGUAACUGAAAUGCUUCCUUUAUAUGCACAAGCGAAAUUAGUAUUUGCUGCUCACGCCACUCGCAAGAGUUCGUUGAUUUUACACGCGGCGCGUCCCGAUUCUGUCGCGUCGCUCGCGUUCAGAGGAUGGGGGUAUCAGAUUGCCAUUCGAUUCCUCCUGUCGGCGAGGUAGAGGGUUUAUUUCCUGGCUGAAGUGUUUGGACAGAUACUGACCACCUCCUCUGUCGUCACGUCACACAGCUACAAAAGCUACAUGGAGGAAUCGAAUGCAGUCGAAACCGGCCAGAAAAGCGGAUCGGAUAGCGCUGUGAACGCAAAAUGAAGGUCUUGAACGCGCUCGUGUGUGCCAGGCGUGCGGCGGUGGGGCGAUGCGGACUGUGCACUCAGCUUCAGCCCAGCUUUGGAUUGUUGUUUGAUAUUGAUGGAGUCUUGGUUCGAGGAAAGACCCCGAUCCCAGCAGCAAAGAGAGCCUUCCAGAAGCUGGUGGAUUCAAAAGGGCAGUUUUUGGUUCCCGUCGUCUUUGUCACAAAUGCUGGCAACUGUUUACGGCAGAAGAAGGCAGAUCAGCUGUCUCACAUACUGGGUGUUCAUAUAUUGCAAGAUCAAGUCAUGAUGUCUCACAGCCCUUUGAGGAUGUUCAAGAAAUACCAUGACAAGUGUGUGCUGGUAUCUGGACAAGGACCUGUGCUUGACAUUGCCAAAAAUGUGGGCUUUACAAAUGUGGUCAGCAUUGAUAUGUUAAGAGAGUUUCCCCUGCUGGACAUGGUGGAUCACAACAGACGUCCAAAAUUACCGUCUUCACCUGUGGUGAACCUCCCUAGAGUUGAAGCCGUGGUUCUGUUUGGGGAGCCCAUACGAUGGGAAACAAACUUACAGCUCAUCAUAGAUGUCCUUCUUACCCAUGGGAAUCUUAGCAAUGUGUAUGAGAGCACACAUUCUUCUCAUCUGCCACUCUUAGCCUGUAAUAUGGAUCUAAUGUGGAUGGCAGAAGCCCAUUCACCAAGAUUUGGGCAUGGCACUUUCAUGGUGUGUUUGGAGAGCAUUUAUAAGAAGAUCACUGGUAAAGAUCUGAAGUAUGAGGCACUUAUGGGAAAACCCAGCGAACUGACGUACCAUUUUGCUGAGUAUCUGAUUAGGGAACAAGCUGCACAGAGAGGCUGGAGAGAACCAAUCAGAUCCCUCUAUGCUGUCGGGGAUAACCUGAUGACUGAUAUUUAUGGUGCCAACCUCUACAACCGCUACCUCGAAGAAAGGACGACUAACAAGACCACAAAAGCAGUAGCAAAGGUGGGGACAAGCAAACAAGUCCCCACCACAGUCACUAAGGAAGUGGAUAUGAACAAUGGUUGGGAAAGUGAACUUGCUUCGCCCUCUGCCACCUCCUGCAAAUCCAUUCUGGUUUGCACCGGAGUCUACAACCCCCAUUUGGAGUUGCCUAAAGAUGCAAACCAGUGCAUCAAAGAGACAGUUUUCCACGGGCAUCGUGAUUUCCGCUUUGACCCUGCUUUGGUUGAGCCAGAAAAAGUUGUUCAGGAUGUGGACGCUGCGGUUGAACUUAUUUUUGAGAUUGAAAAGUCUGAGACAGCAUAGUUAAUAUAUCAAUGUUUUGACAAAUUUUGCCAUGUUUGGUACUAUAGUGUCAGCUGUACUAAGGGUGGGUUAUUUUUGACCCAUAAUGGGUAAAUAUUGGACAGAACACGUGCUGGGUUAUAAAAUUGACCCAAUGCUGGGUUAUUUUAACUCAACUGCUGGGUUAUUAUACCCCAUGGUUGCAUAUCAACAACCCAACAUUGGGUCAUUUUUAACCCAGCACGGGGUCAUUUUUAACCCAGCAUGUGUUCUGUCCAAUAUUUACCCAUUAUGGGUAAAAAAAAUAACCCAGCCAUUUUUAGAGUGUAUCCAACAUUUUCAUUUUUUAAGCCUUUUACAAAAUAAACACAAUUCAGAACUGAGGCAACAGGAGGAAACAUUCAAGAUCUUAUGGCAUUUAAUCUGUUCUUUAAGGGGUGGUUCAAUGGUAUUUCAUGCAUUCUGACUAAUUAACACUGUUUAAAGGAGGGGUGAAUCAAAUACUCAUUUUAACUUGAUAAUUUGUUAUAUAUAUAUACAGGGCUUGACAUUCAUUUUUUGCUCACCAGCCAACGUGGCUAGUUGUUUUCCAAAAUUACUAGCCACUCAGCAUUUUCACUGGCCACAAUUUUGUUGCUGGUAAAAUAAAUUUUAUAUGGAUAAACUUGACUUUGGCAUCCGAAAAUGACUUUAAAUCGAGAACAUUUACUUGGUUUAGCUAAGUUAGAUGCAGAUUGAAUUCAAAUGCAGUCUGACCACCCAAAUUAAGACAACAUUUAUUAGCUGGUAUAUCAGUAUUAGGGCUGUCCUCGACUAAGGAUUUACAUAUUCGAAUCAGAAUUGUCGAAUCUUUUCAUAGUCGACCGAUAGUCGAAUCAUCUAUGUGUGUGUGUGUGCAUGGUUUGGGAGGGGGUCAGACCAGGUACAAAUUGAUAACUUUUAUUUUCUUUCACAAGCAGCACACAUAAACAAGUUUCUGAUAAAGUGACCUAAACUGUCUUUCAAGUGAUGAACGAAGACAAAACUGAUGAUGCAUUUAUAUAUUUUUAAGGUAAAAUGUAAGGCAACAUUUGUUUAAUUAUUCCUCAUAACAUUUUAAAGCCACGAUCUACAGAACAUCACACAAAAAAACUUUUUGAUAACUAAACCUAAAAAUAUAACAAAGGUGAUCCUGCCUUGAAAACCUCGGCUAAUUCAGUGUUUUUAUUUAAUUUGGAGAUUAAGCGCGUCAAAGCAGUCAUGACAAAAAAAAAAAAACGACAAAUGAGAAAUGACAAAUAAUUUGUGAUUGUUACUGCAAAUUAUAAAAACUAAGCUUUAUAUACAAUUUAUAAAAACACUGAAAUUAAUGAUUUUAUAGACA